AUGGCCAGAAAUAUCGACGUCCCUGGCGUCGCUUUGAUCACAGGCGCGGCAUCAGGUAUUGGCCGUGCCACAGCCGUAGCAUUCGCCGAGGCAGGAUGCACACGACUCGUUCUUCUAGACCUCAACUCGGCAGGGCUGGAGACUACCAGAACACUCCUCCUCGAGAAAUUCAACCACACAACCAUCCCUGGUGGCUCCGUGAAACCACUCGAAAUCGGUUUUUACCAGGUCGACGUCUCGUCUGCUGAAUCUGUGACCGCUGCCUUCGCCGCGGCAAAAGACAAAUUCAGUCGCAUCGACUACUCGGUCCACUGCGCCGGCAUCCUCGUCUUUAGUGGCGGCAGCGCCGACUGUCCCAUCGAGUCUUUCGACCACCAAACAUCCGUCAUCUACCGUGGCCUGUGGCUCUGCUCUCGUGAAGCCAUCAAGAUCAUGCGUUCCCAGCCCCUCGACAGCGAAGCAUACCCGGACGCCCUCAUCCCGGCGCACCGCGCACAGCGUGGUGCCAUCGUCAACAUAUCAUCUGGCCUGGCGCUGUACACGAUGCCCGGGUCUCCCGCUUACAGUGGCGCCAAGGCUGCGAUACUGGCCAUCACGCGCUCCGACGCUGUCGACUACGCCACCGACCGGAUCCGCGUCAACGCCGUGUUGCCCGGCGUCGUCGACUCGCCUAUGACGAACCCGAGCGCGGAGGUGAGGGCUUGGCUCGAAGCGAACGCCGUACCGAGACACCCUAUGAACCGCUUCGGACACCCAGAGGAAGUCGCCGACGUGUGUCUCUUGCUCGCGGGCAACAAGGCGAGUUAUGUCACUGGAGCCAGUUGGAGCGUUGACGGAGGCUGGGCCGCUGGUCGUUGA